AUGUCACUGCAGUAUUCAAGCAAGCAGGUUGAGGGCUAUGACCUGGCAAUGUUAGAAACUCAAAAUCACUUUUCCAUUGACAAAUUUUCAUAUUUGUGCUCUGAAGUUCAAGAAAGGUCAUUAGCCUGUGGUGGAAUUCGGUUCAAAAUUGAUGAAUUGUCUCGGACGAAUUGGAGUGUAAAGGAUACAAAAGAUAGCCAGUCAUUUGCUGCGUCGCCGGCUAAUCACAGCACCUUGGCUUGUUCAACAUUAUAUGCCAUCAUGAUGAGUGGUGGUUUUCUGGGGUUUUCAGUUUUUUUGUCGUGGGUGAAAUCUGAAAUUUGGGCAAAGGAUCAGCAGUCUGGAUCUGUAUGGGCUACUGUGAGCUUAGUUGUGAAGGCUGUAAUUUUCUGGCACAAGAAAGAAAAUCUUGUGGAGCUAGUUUCUGUUGUACAGGUUUACGAGCUGUGA